GGGUGGCAGGUGUACAGCUCAGCUCAGGAUGCAGAUGGCCGUUGUGUCUGCACGGUGGUGGCACCCGAACAGAAUCUGUGCUCCAGAGAUGCCAAAGGGAGACAGCUCCGCCAGCUCCUGGAGAAGGUGCGUUGCAGGCAGCCACACGUGCAGAACAUGUCGCAGUCAAUCGAGGUGUUGAACCUGCGGACGCAGAGGGACUUCCAGUACAUCAUGAGGAUGGAGAGCCAGAUCAAGGGGCUGCGGUCAAAGUUCCGGCAGAUCGAGUCGGACAGGAAGACGCUCGUCAACAAAAACUUUCAGGAGCUGAAGGGAAAGAUGGAGGCCCUGCAGCCGCUGAUCCCCGUUCUGGAGCAAUACAAGACAGACACGAAGCUCAUCUCCCUGUUCAAAGAGGAGAUCAGGAACCUGUCGGCUGUGUUGAUGGGAAUCCAGGAGGAGAUGGGAGCCUACGACUACGAGGAGCUGCAGCAGAGGGUCCUGAACCUGGAGAACCGGCUUCGGAACUGUAUGAACAAACUCACAUGUGGGAAGCUGAUGAAGAUCACCGGGCCGCUGACGGUGAAAACAUCGGGGACCAGAUUCGGAGCCUGGAUGACCGACCCGCAGGCGUCGCCCAAAAACAACCGGGUCUGGUACAUGGACAGCUACACCAACAACAAGAUCGUCAAAGAGUUUAAAUCCCUCGACGAUUUCGUGGCGGGAGUCGAGUCGAGAACUUACAACCUUCCUUUCAAAUGGGCCGGGACCAACCACGUGGUGUACAACGGCUCGCUGUACUACAACAAGAUGCAGAGCAACAUCCUGGUGCGCUACAGCUUCGAGACGGGACGCGUGGUCACGCAGAGGGCGCUGGAGUCGGCGGGCUUCCACAACGUGUACCCCUACACGUGGGGGGGCUUCUCCGACAUCGACCUCAUGGCGGACGAGCUGGGCCUGUGGGCCGUGUACGCCACCAACCAGAACGCCGGGAACAUCGUGGUCAGCCAGCUGAACCCCGACACGCUGCAGAUCCUCAACACGUGGAACACGGAGUACUCCAAGAGGAACGCCGGCGAGUCCUUCAUGAUCUGCGGGACCCUCUACAUCACUAACUCCCACCUCACGGGCGCCAAGGUGUACUACGCCUACUCCACCAAGACGUCCACGUACGAGUACACAGACAUCCCCUUUCACAACCAGUACUUCCACAUGUCCAUGUUGGACUACAACGCCAGGGACCGCACGCUGUACGGCUGGAACAACGGACACCAGGUGCUGUUCAAUGUCACACUUUUCCACAUCAUUAAAACGGAGGACGACUCUUAA